AUGGCUACUCCUGAAGAAAAAAUCAUCUUGAAGAUUGCAAAGAAAUUUGACCUUGAAGACAAGCUGAAAAGUUUAAAAUAUACGAAAAUAGUGGAAGAUAGAGUAUUUUAUAGUAUUAAGCUCCGAUACUUCCUACUUUGGAUUCUCUAUACACAAAAUACUAAGUUUAAAGAUUUUAACAGGAUACUUAAAACCAUUAAUAAGGAAGUGGAAAAGUUAGAGGAGGAUAACCCCGGUCCUAGUUAUGGAGGUAUCCUUGAUAGAAUUAAGGACAUUACCAAUUUAAUGCCUUAUUUAUCCCAGAAUGGAGAACUUCUUUCAUUUCCUGAGCAUACUGAGUUAUUUCCAGACAUUACAGAUGAAUAUAUUGAGAACAUUUACCUAGAACAAUUACCUGAUAAAGAGACAAUUGAGAAGGUCCAAUCCCAUCUUAAUGUUAUCCAGACCUUGGCUAAAGAGUGGGAGAAUGAAUGAGAGAUUAGGCCAUACGGAUCCAUUUCAAAUGGGUUUUUAUUGAAAGGAUCAAGUGACUUCGAUUUAACUUGUGUUUUCAGUAAGAAAAUGAAGAAGCAUCCUUACUCUUACACAAAAUAACUUAUGCGACAUGUUGAAUUCAAAAUAUGGUGACAACAUGUGGAACUAUAUUUUGUCUCCAAGACUUUUCUUGUUAAAUACAACAUUACCUGACAACACAGAGAUUGAGAUCUCUUUUAACAACAUCACAGGGUUAUUAAAUAGUGAAUAUGUGAGAACUUUGGCUGAGAUAGACUCUAGAUUUCAUAAAUUGGGGUACUUCAUAAAGUAUUUCGUCAGCUCCAAGAACAUCUUUGAGUCUACUAGGAAACUUAAUUCCUUCAGUCUGAUCUGUAUGCUUAUUGUGUUCUUGCAAGAUCAGUGCGACCCUCCUGUCCUUCCUCGUAUUAUAGGCAAGAGUUCUUACUUAAAUAAAGAGCUGAGAUCUCCCUUCUACAUCAAAACAAUGGUAGGACCUUCAGAGAGACACAAGUUUGAAUACAAAGCAGGAGAGGCUAGUCUUGACCCUAACUUUGAAUUUGACCAUGAAGAAAUCAAAUCUUUCAUGGAUAGAGAAGUUAACCAAGAAUCUGUCUCUGUGCUGUUUAAAAGAUUCAUCCACUUUUACUUUGGUGGAGGAGGAUUCGAUCCUAUUCAUGAUGUUGUAAACACCAGAACUGGAAGAAUUGAGAAGAUCAGAAAGUUGAAUAGAGUCUUUGAAAAGAGAGUAUUGGAAAAAAUGGAGGAAGCAUGAAUCGCUGUAAUUGAUCCAUUUGAUACUUCAUAUUGCCCAUCAGCUAAUUUUGAGCUGAGAUCUUGAAUGACCAGCAGAUCUAUGGUAGGAAAAAUGUUGCAGUUUAUUAAAUAA